AUGGAAGCUAUGUUAAAGGAAAUAGAGAAACGGCUCGCCCACAUGCAAACUGACAUCAACAUUCUCAAAGGAAAUCAGAACCCCAAAGGUAAACUCGAGAAAUAAGUCGACAAAUUAAUUUAAAGCCAAUCCUUGCCAAUGAUCACGGUUUUCGGUCUUCUCCCGACAGCGAGAAACUGUUCGCUGUGGCAGCGCCCCUGAUAGGCGACUGGAAAUGAAAUUUCUAAAAUUAUUCACAUUUAAUUUGCUUAUUCUCACAGUUAAGAGGAACUGCGCUGAGCUUUACAAAUCCGGUCAAAAAGUCAGCGGAGUGUACGCCAUCGAUCCUGAUGGUUCAGGCGCCUUCGAUGUCUUCUGUGACCAAACCACAGCCGGUGGAGGAUGGACAGUGUUCCAAAAGAGACUGGAUGGCUCCGUUAAUUUCUACCGCGGCUGGGCUGACUACAAGAAUGGCUUCGGUAAAAUCUACGUCAGCUCAUUCGUUAUUUUUUAAGAUCUCCACGGGAAAGUAGGCACGGGUCUUGCACUGGUCAAAUUCCGAAAUUUGGAUUGAUACCAACUGGUUUUCAAUGAUUUAAACACUUGAUCAUUUUCUUAACAAAGAGCGGAAUCAUAUAUUCAGUUGUAAUCGACGUCACAUCUUUGUUUUCGUAUCGUACUUUACUUAAAAGGUAUGUUUGUCUCAGUUUGUCAUAUAGAGACUGUGUUAGCCUUCAGUGUAGCCUCAGAGUUCUGUCUCCACCAAUUGUAAUCUCUUGGCCUUCCCUUUUUUCCCUUCUUUUUUUCCAGGUACUGCAGGUGAUUCCCUCUCUGGGCAUCGGGGUUUUCCCUUCACAACCAAAGAUCAGGACAAUGACAUCGCGAGCAGUAACUGUGCUGUGAAAUACAAAGGAGCCUGGUGGUACAGAGGAUGUCACGCAUCAAACUUGAAUGGUGUUUAUCAUCAUGGGAAGCACUCCUCAUAUGCUGAUGGAGUCAAUUGGUCAUCUUGGAAAGGAUAUCACUACUCCGCCAAGAGAGCUGAGAUGAAAAUCAGACCAGUAAAGUUUUAG